UGUAUGUAAAAACUGGCAAACUGGUUUCCCUUUACUUCUGAAUUAAAAAAAAAAACAUUAAAUAAAUGUACUGAUGUGUCUCUUCCAUGCAUCACUAGCUUGCUGCUCAGGUUCUCGAAGACAAGGAUAUUGGUUUUGGAAUGGUAGACUCACAUAAAGAUGCUAAAGUUGCCAAAAAGCUUGGUCUGGAGGAAGAAGGAAGCAUUUAUGUUUUUAAGGAUGAAAGAGUGAUCGAGUUUGAUGGAGAGCUCUCUGCAGAUACACUGGUUGAAUUUGUGCUGGAUCUACUGGAGGACCCAGUGGAGUUGAUCAGUAACCCCAUGGAACAACGUGCUUUUGAGCGAAUGGAUGAAGACAUACGCCUUAUCGGGUACUUCAAGGGUGAAGAAUCUGAGUACUACAAGGCUUUUCAGGUGACUGCAGAGAAGUUUCAACCAUAUGUGAAGUUUUUUGCCACUUUUGACAAAGGGGUGGCUAAACAACUGACUCUAAAAAUGAAUGAAAUCGAUUUCUAUGAGCCAUUCAUGGAUGAGCCUGUAACCAUUCCUGGCAAACCUAACUCAGUAGAGGAGAUAGUGGACUUUGUUAAUCAACAUAGAAGGCCCACUCUGAGAAAGCUUCGUGCUGAGGACAUGUUUGAGACUUGGGAAGAUGACAUGGAUGGAAUCCACAUUGUUGCCUUUGCUGAGGAGGAGGAUCCAGACGGGUAUGAAUUCCUGGAAAUUUUAAAGGACGUUGCAAGGGAUAAUACAAAAACCCCAGAUCUAAGCAUACUGUGGAUUGACCCUGAUGAAUUUCCUCUGUUAACUACUUACUGGGAGAAGACCUUUAAGGUGGACCUUACCAGACCCCAGAUUGGUGUGGUGAAUGUGACUGAUGCCGACAGUGUGUGGUUGAACAUGCACAACAAUGAAGCUCUACCGUCAGCUGAGGAGCUGGAGGACUGGAUUGAGGAUGUUCUCUCUGGAAAGGUCAAUACUGAGGAUGAUGAUGAUGAUGAUUAUGACGAUGAUGAGAGCGAAGAUGAUAGUAGUGAUGAAGACCAUGAUAGUGAUGAUGAUUAAGUGGUAUAUACACUCGGUAAAGGAACGGCAGCUAUGGUUGCCAGACAAUUACUGUAAAAAAUAUGGUACAGCAACAUAGACUGACCACAAAUUUACAGAAUUUUUUAUUUUAUAUUAAUAACUGCAAUGAUGUUUAUAUAUCAAAUUACUAACAUCUUUAAUAAACUGACAACCACACAGGUGGUAAAGAAAAAGCCACAUGAAUCAAAGGUCAUCACAAGUAACUGUUCCACAAGCUGAUAAUAAAUAUAUUAACUGAAAGUAAAUAUUAAUGUAUAUAAGAUGCACACAGUAAUUACACAAUGGUACUACGUAUGUUGGUAACACACAACACUAAAUGUAUCCCAUGACAACAUUAAUUAAACAGCAUAAGAUGUACUGUCACAUAAAAUACAUAACAGAUAAGAAAAAAGUAAAUAAAUAAUAAACCCAUAAAAGUCUUACAAAGGGAAUUCUAGGAUUGUCAAUUUAUUUUUUAUUUAUUUUUUGCUGUACAUUAUUAGGUGACUUGUUCUUUAUCAAUUUCAAAAAUGGUACAUUUAACAGUAUUUUACUGUAAAAAUGCAUGAAAUGUCUCAUUAGAUCUAUUCCAGGUUUUUCUCUGCAGAAAAUUUUGGGAACUUACUGAUUGAAAAUUAACCGUUUUUACCAUAGCAUUUUAGUAUUUUACGGUUAAAAUUAAAAACAUUUUACAGUGUAGAAAAACUA